AUGCUGCAGCUAGACCUCAAGGGCGCUUUCGACCGCGUCCACCACGGAUGGUUGGUCACAACGCUGGAGGACCCGGGAUGGCCGAGGUGGGUGACCCGAUGGGUGAUAUCCUUCCUAACGGGCCGAACGGCGACUCUGACCUUUGACGACUGGGAGUCGGAGCCACUGAAAGUGCCGGCCGGCGUGCCACAGGGCUCGCCCCUAUCCCCUCUCCUAUUCAUCCUCUUUAGCACCCCACUCUUCCAGAGGCUAAGAGAUAUCGAAGGAGUAGGAACGAAGAUUGCUGCUCCGCUCUACAACGGGGAUGGGAGAUAUGCAGAGACCGGAGAAGAGAACGCGACAAGGGCAGGUAACAACCAGGCGUGGACCCUAGACAACAACCUGAUCAAGCCGGCGGAAGAGACCAGGUUCCUAGGGGUAUACCUAGACCGAAGGCUGAACUUUAUCGCCCAUAAGAACCAGAUACUGGCCAAACUAAAGACAUAG